AUGAAGAACUUCGGUGCUAUUUUGAUGGCCUUGGCCACAGCCGCCUCUUUCGCUGCUGCCCUACCAACCCAGCAACCUCAGGGAGCUCUCCAAGCCCGUGCCCCUCGAGAAUUCGCUUUGGAUGUUAGAUUCCCCAAGAAGAAGCAUCACCAGGGCGCUGCCAACAACGGAACUGCUGCCGCCAUUGAUGCCGGAGCCGCCAACAACGGAACUAGCAGUGCUGUAGGCGAUGCCAACCAAGGGGACGGCAAGAAGGGCAAGGGUAAGGGCAACGCUCAAGAUGGACAAAAUGCCCAAGCCGCCGCUGCUCAGGAUGGCCAAAAUGGAACUAGUGCAGAUGCCGGUGCCGCUGCAGGCGCUGAUGCAGGCGCUCAAGCUGGUGCAGACCAACAACAAGGCGGCAACCAGCUCACCGACUUAAUCGGAAACCUUCUAGGCGGCGGUGCUGACGGCGCAAACCCUCUCGCGGAUCUUCUCGGCGGCGCAGCAGGCGGUGACGCUGCUGCUGGCGGUGCCGCCGGUGAUGCUGCUGCCGCGAACCCUCUCGCAGGUCUCCUCGGUGGUGAUGCUGCCGGUGGUGCUGCCGGUGCCGCCGGUGGUGCCGCCGGCCAAGUAGGUAGCCUUUUACAAGGUCUCUUAGGAAAGCUAGGAGGCAACUAA